AUGCCGUCACACAAGACCUUCAGGAUCAAGAAGAAGCUGGCCAAGAAGAUGAGGCAUAACAGGCCUAUUCCUCACUGGAUCCGUAUGGGGACUAACAAUACCAUCAAGUACAAUGCGAAACGCAGGCACUGGUGGCGUACGAAGCUAGGGUUUUAG